AAUCUCAUGGACGAACUCUGGUUCUAUUCUUAGUCCGUAUUCCAACAUCUUCACAGGUUAUUUAGUUACUAUUAAAGUGCUCAAAGGUGUUAUAGUUCAGAAAAUUUAAUCAAUACCAACGAUAGGAUUUCACUAAAGGUAAACAUAAACACCCGAUACCGUAAGCUGUGACGAUAAUUUUCGAAAAACAAAUCAGUUACCUCUAAACAUCAACAAAAUAGAAGAUAAUCGAAGAAAAUCGUUGAUAACAUUUCGAAAUACACCCUUACUUAAUGAUGGCUUAAGCGGACAAUGCUUCGAAAAUAAUUUAUUUGAAAUCACGAAAUUAGGUGGGAACUGAUAAGAAAUUGAGCAUUUUUAAUACAGAGGUCUCCAAAUGAGCGGAGUUAGCUACCAUACCACCGGUUUUGAACCGGUCGGAUCAUAUAUUCAGCGCGAUGCAGAGUAUUGCGGUGUUGUAGACGACAACGAAGAAGAGAUGGUGACCACCGAACGAGAGCUGGCAGAAGAUGCCCAAUGGAAAAAAAUCCAACAAAAUACGUUCACGAGAUGGGCGAACGAACAUUUGAAAACUGUGGAAAGGCAUAUAGCCAAUUUGGAAAGCGAUUUAAGUGAUGGACUACGACUUAUAACUCUCAUCGAAGUACUUGCCGGAAAAAGAUUGCCAAAACAUAACAAGAAGCCUAUGUUCAGAUCGCAAAAACUCGAAAAUGUGUCAGUGGCCCUUAAAUUUCUACAAACCGAUGAAGGAAUACGAAUUGUUAAUAUUGAUUCCAGCGAUAUAGUAGACUGUAAAUUAAAACUGAUAUUGGGACUGAUAUGGACUCUUAUUUUGCACUAUUCAAUUUCUCUCCCUAUGUGGGAAGGAGAGGACGAUUUGACGAAUGGUGGAUCGGAACCUACCCCGAAACAGAGGUUGAUGAAUUGGAUCCAGAGUAAAUGUCCUGAAUUGCCAAUUAAAAACUUCACUACAGAUUGGAAUGAUGGUAAAGCCGUAGGAGCACUUGUAGAUGCUGUAGCUCCUGGUUUGUGUCCCGAUUGGCCAGAUUGGGAUCCUAAAGAUUCUGUUCAAAAUGCAUCAGAAGCAAUGGGCUUGGCUGAUGAUUGGUUAAAUGUCCCGCAACUCAUAACACCAGAAGAAAUUGUGAAUCCGAAUGUAGAUGAACAAUCAAUGAUGACAUAUCUCUCCCAAUAUCCAAAUGCAAAAUUGAAACAGGGAGCACCAUUGAGACCGAAAACAAGCCCAGAAAAGUCUCGACCGCCUCGGGUGAGAGUAUACGGACCUGGUGUAGAACCUGCAGGAGUAGUUGCGGGUGUCCCAACAACAUUCACCGUUGAAACCUUCUCUGCAGGAAGAGGUCAUGUAGAAGUUGAGAUUGAAAAUGCACAGGGUCAAAAAGUACCUGCAGAGAUCAGAGUCAACCGUGAUAACAACUCAGAAUACUACUCCGUGAUGUAUACAGCACCAGCCGAAGGCACCUAUAAAGUAUACGUGAAAUUUUCUGGUAAAAACGUGCCAAAAAGUCCUUUCAUCGUUAAGGUGGCAGGAAUUCCUGGCGAUCCAAGUAAAGUGACAGUUUCAGGACCUGGUAUCCAACCAGAGGGAAAUUUCAUCGAAGAGGUCAAUCACUUUGAUGUUCAUACGAAAGGUGCUGGAAAAGGUGUUCCAGAAGUCAUCAUCUUAGACCCUACAGGAAAAAGAUUAUCAUCGCCUGUUUCCAUUCGACCAACUACUCCAGACACAUGGCGUUGUGAGUAUUCCUCAGGAAAGGCUGGUUUGCAUUCUGUCAACGUUUUCUACGGCGGCAAACCCAUACCAAACAGUCCUAUCGGCGUCAAGUUAUCUCUCCUAUCUGACCCCAAGAAAGUUAAGGUAUGUGGCAGAGGUCUUCAACCAUUGGGUGUUAGAGUCAAAGACGAAGCAGACUUCAAAAUAAACACUGAAGGUGCUGGAGAAGGUCAACCAGAGGUACAAGUAAUAGGACCUGGAGGUGUUAAGGAACCGUGUAAACUUAGACAGAUUGACGACACCACCUACGAGGCUAUUUACUACCCAUUGAAAGAAGGACAGUAUAGAGUGAUGGUUACAUUCGCUGGACAAGAGAUACCAAAAUCACCAUUCAAUGUAAAAGUUGGUCCCUACAAAGAAACACAAAUUAGAGCAUAUGGUCCAGGAUUGACAGGUGGAGUGGUAGGCUACCCUGCCUUAUUCACCGUGGAUACAAAUGGUGAAACUGGAGCUUUGGGAUUCAGCAUUCAAGGACCUUCUCAGGCUCGAAUCGAUUGCCAGGAUAAUGGCGAUGGUUCGGCUGAUGUGAGAUAUUAUCCCACAGCUCCUGGUAAUUAUGCCAUUCAUAUAUUGUGCGACAACGAGGACCUACCAAAAAGUCCGUAUAUAGCUUAUGUUUCACCCUCCACUGACUUUUACCCCGAAAAGGUAGAGGUCACAGGACCAGGAGUUGAAAAUAAAGGUGUUCAGUUGAACACUCCAACCAAGAUCAGCAUCGACACUAGGAAGGCAGGAAAGGCACCGCUAGAAGUGAAGGUAGCUGAUUCCAGUUCAAACGAUAUACCAGUGGAUGUACAAAAAAUUUCAGAAGGUUUAUACGAGGCCAAGUACAACCCUGUAACAGCUGGUAAACACACAGUCCAAGUGAAUUACGGAGGCGUAGCUACUAAGAGCUCUCCAUUCAGAGUACCGGUAGAAGGUAGCCUAGAUAUCUCGAAGAUUACUUGUUUCGGUCCAGGAAUUGAACAAGGUGUUAAAGCUAACACGCCUACACAUUUCAACAUCGAUACCAGCGAAGUUGGAGACGCUGAAGUGAUAGUUUCUUUGGUGAAUGAAGAUACCGGCCAAGAAGUACCUCUAAAAGUUUCGAAUGUCGACGCCAACAAAUACAAGGUAGAAUACGAAGCACCAAACGCUGGAAAUUAUUCUGCUACCUUAUUUUACGGAGGCCUCAAAGUGCCUAACACUCCAAUUAAGUUCAAAGUACAACCCAACGUCGACGUAUCUAAAAUUAAAGUCGAUGGAUUAGAACCAACUGCUCCAGUGAAUAGUUUGCAACAAUUUAGAGUAAUAACGCAAGACGCAGGUAAAGCAGAGAUCGCCAUAUCGAUCACUAGCCCAUCUGGUGCCAGAAUUAAAGCUCAUGUUAUACCUACACACGAAGGGUACCUAGUAAAUUUCACGCCUACUCAGUUGGGGGAGUAUUUACUAGGUAUUUCUUUCGGAGGAGAGCCUAUCUCGCAUAGACCCUUCAAAUUGACCUGCUUAACAGGCAGUGAUUCACAAAAAGUGAAAGCUAGCGGUCCUGGCUUACAUAAAGGUAUUGUAAACCGACCUGCUGAGUUUAUGAUAGACACCAGAGGUGCUGGACAAGGUGGGCUAGGUGUUACAGUGGAAGGUCCAUGCGAAGCAGCUAUCAACUGCAGAGAUAACGGUGAUGGUACCUGCUCUGUAGCGUAUUUACCGACAGAAGUAGGCGAUUAUGGUAUAAACAUAACGUUCAACGAUGAACAUAUACCUGGCAGCCCUUUCCAGGCCUUCAUAUCACCUCAAGUCAAUAUGAACAAAAUAAAAGUAUCAGGCAACGGAAUUCAGUUGCACGGUGUUCACACUGAUUCGGUAACAGAUUUUGUGAUUGACGCAAGAGCCUUGACUAAAUCGAAUGAAAAUGGUAAGGUGUUGUGCACCAUAACAAAUCCAUCUGGACAACAUACAGAAAAUUUGAUAACGGCUUUACCCGAUGGUACAUAUAAAGUCAGCUAUAUACCUUUCGAAGAAGGACGUCAUACUAUCGAUAUAAUGUACGACAACGUUCCAAUACCUGGCUCACCCUUCGUGGUUAAUGUCAGGAGAGGAUGUGACGCUAAGAAAGUAAUUGCUUAUGGACCAGGCUUAGAUCGUGGUGUAGUUGGAAAGACAAACACCUUCACUGUUGAGAGUAAAGGUGCUGGAAAAGGAGGUCUUUCACUUGCGAUUGAAGGGCCAUCUGAAGCUAAAAUGACUUGUGAAGAUAAUAGAGACGGUUCUUGCUUCGUAAACUACGUUCCUACAGCACCUGGAGAAUAUGAUAUCUCUAUCAAAUUUGCCGAUCAACAAAUUCCUGGAUCCCCUUUCAAAGUUUUGGUGGAUGCGGAGGUAGAUGAAAAAUUGGUACGGGCAUUUGGUCCAGGAGUUGAAAAAUCAUCAUGUAGAGAAGCUACAGACACAAAGUUCACAAUAGACGCUUCUCAUGCAGGACCUGCACCUGUUGGUGUAAACAUAACAUCUGACCAAAAACCCCUGCCACAAAAACCAUUUAUAAGAGACAAUAAAGACGGAACGUUCGACGUUUCUUAUGUUCCACCACAAGAAGGGUCAAAAUUGAAAGUCCAAGUGACAUAUAAUGGCCAAGACAUUCCUGGGAGUCCAUUCGAUGUAGAAGUGAGACCACGUACCGAACCUGAAAGAGUCAAGUUGGAAGGUCCAAGCAUUAACCAGAAAUCAGUUCCUGCCUCCUUGCCCACAACUGUUAAGGUUGAUACUACGGAAGCAGGUCCUGGAAACCUCAAAUUUUCGGUUACCGGACCAGACGGAUAUCCAAGAGCGGUAGAUUUAAAAGACAACAACGAUGGUACAUUCACAGCCUCGUAUAUUCCAGAUGAGUGUGGAAGAUAUAGAAUUGAUGCUAAAUAUGGAGGCGUUGAUGUGCCUCACACCCCCGUAUUUGUACAAGCUUAUCCAGUUGGGGAUGCGGAGAAGUGUAAGAUCACCGAGGGUCUCGAAAGAACAUUGGUCACUGGCGAAUCUUAUUGUAUAACAGUUGACACAGAAAAUGCAGGACAGGGUGCCGUUACUUGUAGAAUCAGAUCUACAAGUGGAAGUGAUCUAGAUAUAAAUGUUGUCGACAAUGGCGAUGGUACUGUCAGCAUUUUUUACACUGUCAAGGAUUCCGGAGAAUACACAAUCAACAUCAAAUUUGGUGGACAACCAGUGCCUGGUGGAUUCUACACAUUUACUGUUGACGAGGUAAACGAGGUGUUUGAGAAGACCAAUCAGUACCAGAUAACAAAAUCCUUAUUUAGAACCGUCAACCUAGAUAAUAUUCCAGUACCUUGCACAGGGGGACCAGUAACAGCUGAAAUAAAGAUGCCAAACGGAAACAUAGACAAACCCAUCAUCGAAGACAACCAUGACGGAACUGUAACCAUCAAAUACGAGCCAAGAGAAGAGGGCCUUCACGAGCUAGCUGUGAAAUUCAAUGGAGAGCACGUUCAGGGAUCUCCAUACAAAAUUCACGUAGACUCCGUCAGUUCUGGCUACGUUACAGCCUACGGUCCAGGUUUAACCCAUGGAGUUACAGGAGAACCCAGCAACUUCACCAUAUCGACCAAAGGAGCAGGUUCAGGUGGUCUGUCGAUGGCAGUCGAAGGUCCUAGUAAGGCCGAAAUAAACUGCAAGGACAACAAGGAUGGUACCGUAUCCGUAUCAUACCUCCCCACAGCCCCAGGUGAAUACAAAGUGUCGGUCAGAUUCGGUGACAAGCACAUCAAGGGCUCACCAUUCGUUGCCAAGAUAACUGGAGAGGGUCGCAAGAGAAACCAGAUCUCUGUUGGUUCCUGCAGCGAGGUAUCUCUGCCUGGAAAAAUCUCCGACGCUGAUAUCAGAUCACUGAAUGCCUCCAUCCAAGCUCCUAGUGGUUUAGAGGAGCCUUGCUUCUUGAAGAGGUUACCCACCGGUAACAUAGGAAUCUCCUUCACUCCCAGAGAAAUCGGCGAGCACACCGUAUCUGUUAAAAAAAUGGGAUACCACAUCACAAACUCACCAUUCAAAAUCAACGUUUGUGAAAGAGAAGUGGGUGACGCGAAGAAAGUUAUUGUUACUGGUGCGGCACUUCAAGAAGGUAAAACUCACGUGGAGAACACCUUCACCGUGGAUACGAGAAAUGCUGGAUUCGGUGGUCUUUCUCUGUCAAUUGAAGGACCUAGCAAAGCAGAGAUCCAGUGCAAGGAUAAUUCCGAUGGUACCCUCAACAUAUCCUACAAACCCACGGAACCUGGAUAUUAUAUAAUCAACUUGAAAUUCGCCGACCACCAUGUCAAUGGAUCUCCUUACACUGUGAAGGUAACCGGAGAAGGAACCAAUAGGCAACGUGAGAAAAUCCAACGACAAAGGGAUGCUGUUCCAGUAACAGAAGUUGGUAGUAAAUGUAGAUUAACGUUCAAGAUGCCAGGUAUCACAUCAUUCGACCUUGGUGCUACUGUUACGUCUCCGGGUGGUGUCACAGAAGCUGCUGAAAUAAACGAGGUCGAAGAUGGACUAUAUGCUGUACAUUUUGUACCCAAAGAACUGGGAGUCCAUACAGUUUCAGUCAAAUACAAGGAUAUUCAUAUUCCUGGAUCUCCAUUCCAGUUUACUGUGGGACCAUACAGGGACCAUGGUGCCCAUUUGGUGAAAGCAGGAGGUCAGGGAUUGGAAAGGGGUGAACAAGGUGAACUCAACGAGUUCAACGUAUGGACCAGAGAAGCUGGAAGUGGCCAACUCGCUAUCUCAGUCGAAGGACCAAGCAAAGCAGAAAUCAACUUCACCGAUCGCAAAGAUGGAUCUUGCGAUGUGUCAUACAAAGUUUCGGAGCCUGGUGAAUACCGCAUUGGUCUGAAAUUCAACGACCAACACGUUCCGGACUCUCCCUUCAAAGUCUACAUAUCCCCGGCAGUGGGCGAUGCCCAUUUAUUGGAAGUCAUUCAAUUUCCCGAAGGCCAUAUUCAAGCUGAUAAGCCGUCACAGUUUUUGGUACGAAGAAACGGCGCCAAAGGAGAUUUGGAUGCAAAGAUUAUUGGACCUUCCGGCCAUGAGGAUGAUUGCUUCGUGCAAAUUAUCGACAUGGAGGAAUAUUCUGUCAGGUUUAUGCCCCGUGAAAAUGGCAUCCAUAAAAUACAUGCCAAAUUCAAUGGUGUACAUAUUCCAGGCAGUCCUUUCAGUGUUAAAGUGGGAAAAGACACUGCCGAUCCAGCUGCAGUCCAUGCCACAGGAAAUGGUUUACAGGACGUCAAAACAGGAGUGAAAACCGAUUUUAUCAUCGACACAUGCAAUGCUGGUGUUGGUACCUUAGCCGUAAACAUCGAUGGUCCCAGCAAAGUAUCCAUGGAUUGUACCGAAGUUGAAGAAGGGUAUAAAGUACGUUAUACUCCUUUAGCACCUGGCGAUUACUACAUAAGCAUCAAAUACAACAACCAUCAUAUUGUAGGAUCUCCAUUCAAGGUUCUUAGCAAAGGUGAAUACAUCAAGCAUAGAGACCUUGCUGAUAUUGGAGGUUUGGAAUCAUCUUCAGUACUGGUAGAGACGACACUGAAAACCGGAAAAGCUGGCGCUACUAAAGGACCAAUUCUACCGAAAUUCAAGAGCGAUGCUUCAAAGGUUGUGUCGAAGGGAAUGGGUUUGAAGAAGGCUUAUCUUGGCAAACAAAACCAAUUUACAGUAUCGGCUCAAGAUGCAGGCACAAAUAUUCUGUUUGUGGGUGUUCACGGACCAAAAGGACCAUGUGAGGAGGUGUUCAUCAAACAUCAAGGUCGCAAUCAGUAUAACGUGAACUACCUCGUAAGAGAAAGAGGAGAUUAUCUAAUCAUCGUCAAGUGGGGUGAUGACCAUAUUCCCGGUUCUCCUUUCAAAGUAGAUGUAUAAACACUAUUCAAAAUUUAGGCUUUCAAAUCCUAUUUUAAAUUUUUCGUUUUUAUUAUCAUGUACAUACCAAAGAUAUGAAUAUUUCUAACUCUAUAUUCCUCGCUUCAUAUAUAUAUAUAAAUAUAUUUAUCUCAUAUUUUUAUUUUUAAUUGUAAAUAUUUUUUUGUUAGUAAUAAGUUUUUAAUUGCUCAUACCUUGAAUAUUAUGCUGGACAACGAAUCUCUUCAGCAUUCGCUUCGAAAAUAUAUACCUACCUUCCUUAUAAUGCUUUUGCAAGAGUUAGAAAUGUUUAUUUUGGUUCUUCAAAUUUAUUUUUCGAUACCCAUUUCUAAUAAUGCAGCAAAAGCAAUAUGGAGAAUGGGAAUUGCCCAAUUGACGAACUUCUCAUUAAUCUGGUCAAUUCCAUUCGAAAAAAAAGUAUUAACCUCGUCAGAAUAAUUAUUUUGAAUCUAAUUCUGAAGUUAUAACUCAUCAUUUCACAGUUGUUUUGUCCUCUUAGUAUGAACCAUUUUGAAUUGAUUCAGAAAAUUUUAAAUGUGUCAUUGUUAUUCAUUCAGCAAACUUUAAUUCGACUCUGAUUCACUUUUAUGUGACUUCAAGCUCCAUUUUAAAAACCCCGUUAUAUAGGAAUACCUAUUUAUAUAAUUUUUUUAAUAAAUUCGUUUCAUCCUGAA